CUCCACGCGAGCUUCAGGCGUGCUCUUCGCUGCUCCGUCUGUCCCAACUCUUCGGUCUCUGGCAGAUGGUUCGACUUUGAAGUCGGUUUCACAGGAGGUGCUGAAACUUUCCAGACUGUGAUCACCAUUGUGCCUAUUAGCCUGCCUCAAAUAUGAGUCUGACUGAAUACUUCAAUUAUGUUUGGUCUCUUCGUGACCCAAGGACAGAGGGAUGGGGCUGGUCCGCGGACCAUAAGUUUGUGUUCCCGCUUAUCGGCCUCUACCUAUACGUGGUGAAGAUCCAGGGACCGAAAUCCAUGAAAAGCCGCCCGGCUUAUCAACUGAAGCCAUACAUACUUACGUAUAAUGCUUUCAUGGUCUUGACUAACGCGUACUUCUUCUGGAACUACUGGAAGAGAUCCUACGGAGGAGGAUAUUACAGUUGGUUCUGUCAGGGAGUGUCCUACUCGAGCGACAAGAACUCGAUGGAGAUCUUGGAGCUGACAUGGUGGUACGUGUUGGUUCGGAUGGCCGACUUCAUCGACACGAUCUUCUUCCUCCUACGAAAGAAGUACGAACACAUCUCCAUGCUCCAUGUGGUUCAUCACACGCUUGUCGUGUUAUCGGGCUGGCUUUGGCUGAACUUCGGCACCGACGGCCAAAUUCUGCUGGGAAUCUGCAUGAACGCGUUCAUCCACAUCAUCAUGUAUACAUACUAUGGGCUCGCAGCCCUCGGACCGUGGACUCAGAAGUACCUGUGGUGGAAGAGGUAUCUCACGAAACUACAGAUAAUCCAAUUCUUCAUUCUGAAUACCCAUAUGUCGAUCCCCUUGUUCUACAACUGCGGAUAUCCGCGCGCACUCACUCUCUUGGCCGCCGGACAGGGUUUUGUGGGCCUGAUUCUAUUCGUGAACUUUUACAUCAAGAGAUACUGUGAGAUACGGAGCCCCGCUCCAUAAGUUCCUCUUACAAUAAAUGAUUGCCGAUGGUCGU